CCGACAUCCCAAACGGAAGGUGGUAGUCGCUGCCCGAGCUGGUUUGAAACUGGUGGUCCGGCCCGGCCGAGUGUGUGUGUGUAGCUGAGGACCUGCUGGAGGGCUAGGCCGUUCUUGACCGCCCGGGCCCCGCCUCCCCUCGGACCCGCGGACCCAAGCCCCGCUCCCCGCCCGUCUUGUGCCUCAGCCCGCUGCCUCUCCGGCCGUCUCUGCGGCCCAGCCGCCACCAUGUCCCUGCACGGCAAACGGAAGGAGAUCUACAAAUAUGAAGCGCCCUGGACUGUGUACGCCAUGAACUGGAGCGUGCGGCCGGACAAGCGCUUUCGCCUGGCGCUGGGCAGCUUCGUGGAGGAGUACAACAACAAGGUUCAACUUGUUGGUUUAGAUGAGGAGAGUUCAGAGUUUAUUUGCCGAAACACCUUUGACCACCCAUACCCUACCACAAAGCUCAUGUGGAUUCCUGACACAAAAGGCGUCUAUCCGGACCUUCUGGCAACAAGUGGCGACUAUCUCCGUGUGUGGAGGGUUGGCGAAACAGAGACCAGGCUGGAGUGCUUGCUAAACAAUAACAAGAAUUCAGACUUCUGUGCUCCCCUGACCUCCUUUGACUGGAAUGAGGUGGAUCCUUACCUUCUAGGAACCUCAAGCAUUGACACGACCUGCACCAUCUGGGGCCUGGAGACCGGGCAGGUGCUAGGACGAGUGAACCUUGUGUCUGGCCAUGUGAAGACCCAGCUCAUUGCCCAUGACAAAGAGGUCUAUGACAUUGCGUUCAGCCGAGCUGGAGGUGGCAGGGACAUGUUUGCCUCUGUGGGUGCUGACGGCUCUGUGAGAAUGUUCGACCUCCGCCAUCUGGAACACAGCACCAUCAUUUAUGAAGACCCACAGCACCACCCCCUGCUUCGCCUCUGCUGGAACAAGCAGGACCCCAACUACCUGGCCACCAUGGCCAUGGAUGGAAUGGAGGUGGUGAUUCUGGAUGUCCGAGUUCCCUGCACACCGGUUGCCAGGCUAAACAACCACCGAGCAUGCGUCAAUGGCAUUGCCUGGGCCCCACACUCGUCCUGCCACAUCUGCACUGCAGCGGAUGAUCAUCAGGCCCUCAUCUGGGACAUCCAGCAGAUGCCUCGGGCCAUCGAGGACCCUAUCUUGGCCUACACAGCUGAAGGGGAGAUCAACAAUGUGCAGUGGGCCUCGACCCAGCCUGACUGGAUCGCCAUCUGCUACAACAACUGCCUGGAGAUCCUCCGCGUGUAGUGUUGGCACCUCACCGACUAGGCAGGGGCUGUGUGCUUCAGCCUCUGCCCCCUUCCUUCCCACGUAAGAAGAGUUCCCAGUGGCCAGUAUGUCUACUGUUGCUUUAACCCACUGUGUCCAGAAGCUGCUGUAGAAGUCCAGGCCAGUUACCCCGCUGUCUGUGUUGGACUGUGCUGUGUGGCACCACCGCGGCCCAGGGCUGGGUUUUAAGUUUUCACUCCUUUCCUCCUCUUUGCUUCUUCAAUUAAACGUCUCUGUGUAUUUGUUUGUCAGCUGUUGGUUCAUGAACAGUACAAGCACUGGCUCUGUCUGUCUGUCUGCUGCUGAGGCAGUCGUCUGUCCCCUGUCCCUAUGUGUUGUGCUAGCACUUAAGUGGGAACAAAGACCAACUUCAGACUGUCUUUCCUCCUGGCACCAGUUCUUUAACAAACCUCAACUUUGUAUGUUUUUAUCUGUCAGGCUAGGUUUUUAUGAAAAGAAUUUAACCUUCCUGGUUUCUUGAUUUCACAGGUUUCCCUCUUUGUACCGUCCUCUCUUCCCUCAGUGCCUGCAGUGGGUACUGGACCCUAGACCCCACGAGCAGUUUGCUCUCCUGCCUACAGGGCACACCCCUGACCAGGAGUUGGCAGCUGCGCUGGUGCUCUGAAGUCUGUUGACUCACCAACCUUUCCUCAGCCUGUUCCACCCUCAGGUUCCUUUCUCUGGCUUCACUAAUUGAGUACCCAGUGGGGUUGACAUAAGGGCCAUGCUGAGGGAGAAUCGUUUUCAGGAAAGCUGAACUUACAUUGUGUUUCCAGUAUGGUUUCAGAAUCUAUUUUUCCAGUUUAGAACUUGAAUGAUAGGCAAAAGAGAUCUCUAAGCUAAGCUGUGUUUCUGUUUGUUGAGUUUCCUCUCCCUGGUUGGAUACUGUCCCAUCUUUGGAUUAAGUGCUCUAAAUAAGAGACUUCCUGAGAGGUAUUGUCUGUGCUUGACCCUAAACAAGAUUUUUAGACUGAGAUAGACAGGCAGUUCUCGUAAGUGAGGAGCUCAUCAGUUGUGGUGAUCCCAGGGUAGCCGUCUAAUUGUCCACACCUGUGCACUUGCCCUCUCCUCAGUUAAGGUUCUGAGCAGUAUUCAACUUUGUAGGCUGCAGUUGGCCAAGCUGACUUACAGGCCUUGUGUGUCUUGUUUCCGUUACACGAAUGGGUUCCACAGAGGGGACUUGUAUGUAGUUCUGACUUUAGAUGAGUCCCUGGCAGAGUCUGCAGCAUGGCCUGGGAGAAUGUGCCGGGCUUGUAUUCUGCUAAGCUGCUUGCAGAUUUCUUAGAUGUGCUGGUAUGAGGAGAGUAGCAGGCCUGAAAGCUGAUAGAUGGUUUUGGCUAUUCACACUGCCAUUGUUGGAGAAGUAAAUGCUGAUCCAGUCUUCUGAGAACAUGGGCUCUCUGGCUGGUCAAAUGCUUGAGGUUAAUGUUCCUGCACUAACCUGUGACUCGCCCGUAUCGGUGUGGUUACCUCGUCUCUUAGUGACCUUUCCUAGCGAGGCGCAGACACCUCAAGGGUAGCAGGCUUGCUGCUGUAGGAGCCCUCGGUUUCUUCUUGGGCUGAGUCUCAGUAGAAGUCAGGGUGGUUGCAGGGCUUGUGGAGAAGACCUAUGCUGGGCAACACCUCUGUUCUGGAUGGACUUUAACUUGGCCUGAGUGAACAAAGCUUUAAAAGGCUAGCAGCAGUUACUAGAAUACAUUUAUAUGAGGUAGCUAUGUGCUUUGGAAACCAACCACUUGUGAUGGUGUGUCCCUUGAUCUGUGGACACUUAGCAACUUUGUUCAGUCUUCCUCUCGCCUGCCAUCUGGUUUAGGUAAGACUCUUGCUAUCUCUGUCUCCAAGUACACAUGUACCCACGGUUGCAGGGUCGCUGGCAUUUUAAGUGCCAGCUUUCUCACUCUCUCUCUAUAGAAUGCACAGGUGGCCCCUGUGGCUGAGGAAGAGAUUUUUGUAGCCAUGAGAGGCAGAAAGUUCUUAAGUCUGUUCCCUUCCCUGAAACACAGCUAUGUUAAAGUUUCAAAGCCAGACUCUGUUAAUAUUUGCCAGGUCUUAGACUGACAGUGAGGUGGGUCAGGAUCUCCAGAUCUGUUCUCUGGACUCCAGGCCCUGGUGUGGCUGCAGUGCUGUUUUGACAUUUGGCAGGCUAAGCUAGAGGCUCUGGCCCGUGCUUUCUUUGUCUGCUGUAUGGGAGGCUGCAUGAUCAAUCAGACUAGCAGAGAGCUGAACUGGUAAAUGGGUCUGAGGCUUUUGUGGGCUUGAGCUUUUCUUACUGGAGAUUGAUAUCUUUCCUGGACCUGCAAGGCUAGGGCUUGAGGAGGCGACACAUGACAAGUAGGUGGUGACUUUCUCUCCAAAUCAGAAUUAGGUCGCAGAUAACUGGCAACAGCUCAGGAAGAAUAUGAGAAAAGACAGAGUCCUAUAGUGUUUUGAUGAUUGUUACAACUAAAAUUUGGUAUUUUAAGGUAAAGGAGAAGGAAAUACUAGAGAACACAGAGAGUCUGAGGGGAGAAACAUUGAGAUUGUCUCUCAUAGCUGUGGAGUGAACUUGUGUCUCAGCCUGGGUUGGCCUUUCUGCACCAUUAAGGGAGCUUAUGUGUCACUGGGUACCAGGAGGGUGACAGCUGGGGGCAGAGAGCCCUUCUUGCUAUAGGUGAUAUCUGGAGGUUAAAUUCUAGGUAUUGGGUAUCCUGUGACAGUACAUGAUGACAUUGUUUUAAUUUGUUUAAGACCAGGCUGUCUUUGAACUGAGGACCUUCUUUCUCUAGUCUCCCUAAGUGCUGGGGUCACAGACAUGUGCCACUGCCCCAGCAUCCAUGAAUCUUCUUGAAGAUCCAUUUCUCCCUUUAUCUUCCCUAACCUUUUCAUUUUUCUACUUUGUGUGUGUGUGGUGAUGGGGAUCAGACGUCGGCCCUCACAUGCUGGGCGAGUGUUCUACCACUGAACCACACCCUCCAGCCCCUUCCUUGUCUUUCCUCUUCCCCUUUCUUAUUGCAUUUCUACUAUAGAAUGAUCUCCCUGAUACAUCCUGGGCCAUAAGGAAAUGUAGGACUCUGGGGUUUACUAAACAUGGUGGGCAGUCCAAAGCUGUGCCCUAUUUCCCCAUUGUGAAAAUAUGGCAGUUCCUUUGAUUACCUGGCUUAGGCCAGAGUACCAUUGCAGGAGAGGCCUCAGGGCCUGCACUCGGGAUGAGGAAGGUGGGGUAUAUUCAGCAUUGGGUUUCUGAGAGGAGAGCUGAUCUGAGCAGUUACCAUGAACCCUGAGGCAGGGUUCCCAGAGUUGUCCUCUCUGCUCCGGUGAGGCAGCAACUGAGGGUCUCAUGUCUCCAGUCUUGUUCACCUCAAGCCAUCUACAUUCUCUCUUUCUGCCAUACUGUCAUUGCUGCUAAUGGUCAGAGUCAAGCAUGUGGCAUUACAGAAUGAGCAGGUGGUCUUGGGCUGCUAUCCGGACAUCACUUUUUAAAUGUGGAAACAUGCAGAUGACUUCUCCAAGAGGCUUAGGCUAAUGUGUCAGCCAGAAACAGUAGGCUAAGAGAAGCUUGAACUCCAGAAGAAAGCUGUUGACAUUCUGUGUGACAGCUGGAAAAUGUAUAAGCACCCGCCCUUGAGACAACUCAGUGAAGCCGAACUGUGCUAUCCGCCAUUUGAUAGAAAUGUUCUCACCUUGGGCUGACUGUGAUGUACAAUGUGUUAUGAAAAUUGUCGAGCUGAAGCUUUAGUCAAAUACGAGUCACUUGCUUUGAUCCCGUGUAUUUUAUGAUUCCUCUGUCAGUGACUUUCCCUCGCCUUACCCUGAGUGUGAAUUGUAGCAUGAUUGUAUAAACCUCUAUGUAGAAAAUGGAGAUUUCAUGUUCUACAAAAUGUUAAGCUCUAACUGAUCCAUUUCUGUGUUCUCUAUAGCCUCAUGUGUAUGACCUCACUUUCUUAUCUAUUUAAACUUUCCUUCUGUUCUAAAGCUUUCGUAGCACCCCUGUUCAGGUGGAGAGGAAGCUGUCUCUUUGCAGAACCGUACUGUAACCAUUUCUCCUUUAUAAAUAUUAUUUUCACAGGGCUGAUUGUAUACAGGGCUUGUAAUAAAAUUUUAACACUGUGUUGUGAAUGAGCUGCGGUUUCUCCGCUGGAGGUGACUUCAAAAGCACCUGAGGGUGGAGCGUUCUUUCUGUGACCUUACUUCCUAGUACGUGAAGUCUAAUCUCACAGUCUUGUUCUGUUUCAGUCUCCUGUAUAAGAAGUACCAUAUUUUCUGCCCAUCAUACUUUGUAAUAAAACUUGAACAUGUAUAGAUUGAA